AUGCGUCGUCGUCUCGCCUGCUGGCCCAUUGCCGCGCUUGCGGUAGCCCGCGCUAUCACCACGAACUCGUUUGUUUCUUCUAUAGAGCAGGUACAGCAGCAGCUGCAGACGGCACAAGACCGACGGGUGGAACUGCUACGGUACGGGCGGCAGCUCUACGAGGUGGAGGUGCUAGAUGACCUGAAGACCGCCUACACGCCCGCCGUGGCGAGCAAAGUAUGCUACGUUGCCUCACAGCUACGUAUCGACGCGACCAAAGGUCAGCCCUACUCGGCCGUGUUGGAGGCCGCUAUGACCGCUGAGGGCGAACAGACCAUGGACGUCGCGUCACUCGCCCGUAUUGUCCACAGCUGUCUUGUCCUGCGCAGCGAACACCUCCACGAGGUACUCUUCACGUUCAUUCCGUUUCUGCGCGAGAAGGCGGGGGCAAUGGAUGCCGUGACGACGGCGGUGCUCAUCAAUGCCUACGGUCGAUCCGGGGUACAGCACCCCGGGCUGUACAAGGCCUUGUGCGACAACGGUGCCACGGUGCUCAAGGAUCCUCGUGUGCCGCUGGCGCACAUCGCGAAUGUGGCAUAUGCCGUGUCUCGUGUCAAGUUCCUCCACCCCGCUCUCAUGCUGACUCUGCGGGACCACGCUCUCCGCAAGGUGACGGAAGCGUCACCGAUCAUCAGCCUGACAGUCCUGGAGGCGUUUACGGAGCUGCGCCAGAUUGACGAGGACCUCUUCAGCGCCUACGAGCAGCGCCUUCUGGGGCAGCUGAAUGAACUCCACGCCCCUCUCAUGGCUUCUCUGGUCUCGUGCGUAGUGCGUGCGGGGCGUGGCAAGGCGGAGGUCAUGGAGAGCCUUGGCGCCAGGACAGUUGCCAUCGCCGACACCUUCGACGCCGCAUCGAUCGCGAAGGUCACCAACGCCUACUACGAGGCGGAUGUCGCCUCCGAGGACGUGCUUGGCGCCUUGGCAGAGCGGGCCUGCAAGGUGGCCGCGGACUUUCGCGCGGAUGAGAUUGCGACCGUGUUGAACGCGCUGAGCGCCUUUGACCUAUUCGACGCAGAACUCUUUCCACUGCUCGCGUCCCGCUUCGUGGCACUGCACAGACAGGGCGGGUAUGUGGACGUGGCGGACGCUGCCGUCAUUCUCAGCAGCUUCGCUGCCGUGCAGGAGCGCAAUGACGAGCUCAUCUACGUCUGCACGCAGCUAUUCGCGGCGUACCCGGGGGUAGCAAUGGAUCCUGCUGUGCGGGUGAACGCUCUGUGGGCAUGUGCGUCGCUGAACGUGCACAAUGAGGCCCAAACCAAGAUGCUGGAGGAGGUGCGCGCGACGCCGUCGCUCGUGAAGUGGGAAUCUAAGGCAGACAUGCUUCCAAAGGCCAAGGCGACGCUGGAGGAGCGUACGCAGUUUUUGGCGAAGGUGUACGGUAUUACCAUUUCUUCCUCAGGCGCUCGUUAG